ACUCACACAAUACAAGCCAUGCCCUAAUAAUUAAUUGUAACAACUCACCUCCUCUAUAAAUAAGAGCCAUUUCUCUCUUCUAACUUGGUUUAAAACAAUCCUCUCAAAAAUCUUCACCUUCUAUUUUUCCAAAGAGUUAUGGCAAUGAAUUGGGUAGUCAAUUAUGCUAUGCCUCACCUCAUAACACAAUCCGUUGUGUACCCAAAUCACGACCUUAAAGAUCGUAAAAAAUUAAUAGAUACUGAGAAACCUUAUAAUACUAAGAGCGAUGGGAUAACAGAAGAUUUUCAAAUGCCUCUUCAUUAUCCGAGGUAUACAAAGGAAGAUUACGAGAAGAUGGAGGAACGACGUGUAGAUAUGCUACUAAGGCAAUAUGGACUUGAGAAUCAUGUCAAGGGUAGCCUUGAUGAGAAGAGGAGCUUUGCUAUGGGUACCUUCUUGUGGCCUGAUCAACUUUAAAUUCAAUUUUGAUAACUCUAUAAUUUAGCAAAAAUAUAUACUUCGCAUUUGAAAUGGGCCUGAAUAAAUUACUAUUAGACUGAUGACUCAUGUGAUGAGUUGUUAGUAUUGUUAUUAUUAUUCAAAUUUCAAAUCCUAAUAUGAUGUUAGUUGUGUGCGGUAUUAGUAACUUAAUUAUAAGUUAUAAAUCGAUCAAUUAGUUGUUGUAAUUUUACAUUUUAAUGUGAAAUCAAAAUCAAUACUGCUUGUUUCA